AUGUCGGGAAGGAUGCAACUGGACAUCAUUCUGACUUCGCUCCAGGACCACACCCACGUAGCAUCCCUCCUGGGGUUCAGCUGUCCCCCCGAGGCCCCCGAGGCCCUGGCCUCCUCCUGCGGCCUGGACCCCUCCUACGGAGCCCCCGGCACCAACCCUGACACACACCUGGCUGAGAUCCUAAUGAAGACCCUGCUCAGGAACCUGGGCUUCUACACGAACUCCAGUCAGUGUGGCUCUGCUCCUAAGCACCUCCAGCUGCUGCUCCCCCCUCUCGCUACAGACAUCUUCUCCCGCUCCACCACCCUGCUGCAGGAGAGCUCCUGGAACGGCAGCAUCAGAGAGAAACUACGAGUUGUGAUCUACGUGUCUGCAGCAGGCAGUAUGCUGUGUCAGAUCGUCAACAGUCUACUACUACUACCAGUGUCUGUAGCCAGACCUCUGCUGAGCUACCUGCUAGACCUGCUGCCUCCUCUAGACUGUCUCAACAGACUGCUGCCUGCUGCCACACCGUUGGAAGACCAGGAGCUGCAGUGGCCUCUACAUGGAACCCCAGACUUUGUGGACCCUGCAGGGCAGCCCCUGUCCCAGCCGGCCCAGUCCUGGGUGUGGCUGGUGGAUCUGGAGCGUACUGCAGGCCUGCUGGUGGGCCGCUGCCUGGGGGGCAUGCUGCAGGGAGCACCCCCCUCUCUAGAGGAACAGGAUACAGGCUACUGGCUGAAAACCCCCCUGUUCAGCAACGGGCUGGAGAUGGACAUCCCUCAACUAGAUAACUGCAUCAGCUGGCUGUUAGAGGAGGCCCUCUCAGGUAACGAGGAGCAGAAACCAGUUGACUGUCCUCUGAGAGCAGACAUGAGCGUCCUGGUGGAGCUGGCCCUGGGCUCCACGAAGGAACCCACCAACAGUCUCUGGAGCAACAUGCAGGACUACGCCACCAGCAAAGACUGGGACAACGCCUCUCUCUGUAAUGAGAUCUUAUUGGACACCGUGUCCAGGUUUGUCCUGGCUGCUCUGCUGAAGCACACCGGCCUGCUGGACCAAGCCUGUGGAGAGGGCAGGUACCAGCCUUGUAAGAUGCUGGCUCUUGCCACUCUUCCUGAUUUGUGCAAUCUACCGUUGUGUCUACAAGACAAUCAGGACUCGCUGGAGAUGGACCCCCAGGAGCACUCGUUCACGAGGACCAUCGACGAGGAGGCGGAGCUAGAAAAGAGAGGACGGACCGAGAAAGGGGAGGAUGUGAAUCAGGAGCAGGAUGAGGAAGAGGAGGAGAGAGAGCACGAAGUCAUGACCGCUGGGAGGGAGGCGGAGGCCUCGACAUCCCAGGAGGAGAAUCACGGGAGAGACGGCUGUACGGGGCUGCCUGAGGGACAGGACCUGUACACAGCCGCCUGUAACUCUGUGGUCCACCGCUGUGCUCUGCUGGUGCUGGGGGUCAGCCCUGUACUGGGGGAACUGGGGAAGGAGCACCAGGACGAGGGACACGGCAGCUUCCAGUCAGUCGGACUGGGACAGCAGGACGGGACGGGCUUCAUGACCAGGUCUGAAGGAGUGAGAGUCUGA